AGGCUCAAGCCUGGAGCGAUAGGCAUCCUUGACGAAGUUGCGACACGUCAUGGCCUAUAUCACGAUGCCUCCCGGCCAUGCGAGUGUGCCGCUUCCUUCCUCCAAGUUCUGGGCGACUGAGCAGACGACUCAGAGCUGGGACUCGAAGGAGCCAGUGAAGGUGAACUCGGACUUGCUUCAUCUUGAUCAAGGCCUUUCUUCUUGUUGGAUGGAUGAGUACGGCCUUCACCCAAGCAGCUGCUUUUGGCAAGGUGUCACCAAGAUGAUGAUCCGGAAUGUUCCUGCUCGGUGCCAGCAGGAGGAGGUGGAUCGAUUGAUCCAGGUGAUCACUCCCAACUUCGAAACGCGGAUGCCGAGGUCUUCAAGCUGCAAAUGCAAAGGCUACGCUUUUGUGGAGGUGGAUAGUCCAGCGACAAUGCAGCUCCUUGCUUAUUUCUUGUGGCAGGCCAGGGUCCCCACGCGACAGAGCAACAGGCCGCUCAAGAUCCAUCCCGCCAAUCUCGAGGUGAAGAGCAUGAGCUUGUGAGCAUAGCAGAGGCUUGAUAGAGUAGGAGAGUCACAGACCUGAGCUGCGCAGAAGCUAGUAACCCCGAGCUCUCCCAUAUGGCACCCUUGCACUGCC